GACUGAGGACUGCAGAAUGAUGUGGACAGUAGGACUGCUGCUUGUUGGACUAUUUCCAGUCCUUUUGUUUAUCUACACUAGACGCACCAGACGGAGAAAUGAGCCUCCAUUGGAUAAAGGAAGAGUUCCAUGGCUUGGUCAUGCUUUUGAGUUUGGGAAAGAUGCUGCCAAGUUCUUGACACGCAUGAAAGAGAAGCAUGGAGACAUUUUUACUGUGUGCGUAGCUGGACAGUAUUUGACUGUUUUGCUGGACUCUAAUUGCUAUGAUGAUUUGCUCGCUGACACACAGUCACUGGAUCUGAUUGUCUAUAGUCAGCUUCUGAUGGACAGGAUCUUCAGCCUUCGUUUGCCUACUCAUGACCAAGUGUCAGAGAGGAUGAGGGUGGAGAGGUUCUUUGAACAUCUAAAUCUGUCUAGACUCUCAAGCCUGAUGCACAGUAAUCUUCAAUCUCUCAUGAUGCCAUGUAAAAACACCUUGAAUCCAGCAGAAUGGAAAACCGACGAACUUUUCAGCUUCUGUUACAGCCUGCUGUUCAAGGCUGGAUAUCUCACCCUGUUUGGAACAGAUAACAAUAACAGUGCUGAGUUAACAGAGGUUUAUGAGGAGUUUCGUCGGUUUGACAAGAUUCUAGCAAAACUUGCACGAUGUUCAGCCAAGAAAGAUGAGAUGAAAGUUGCAAACUCAGCACGACAGCGUUUGUGGCAGCUGUUGCGUCCAACCGGGUUUCCUAGUGGAACUGAGGCUCAGUCGUGGCUGCAGACCUAUGCACAGCACCUGAAAGAACAGGGUCUGGAUACAGACACCCAAAGGCGAGCCUUGCUUCUUCAGCUGUGGGUUACACAGGGUAAUGCUGGCCCUGCUGCAUUCUGGCUGCUGGGCUUUUUACUUACUCACCCUGAGGCUCUAAAAGCAGUAAAGGACGAGCUAAAGAAAUCAAAACAGCUUAAUUUAAACAAGAGAGAUGCUACUCCAGUGCUAGAUAGUGCUCUAAAGGAGACACUGCGCCUCACUGCUGCUGCCCUCAUCACCAGAGAUGUACUUCAGGACAAGACAGUUCAAUUAAGCAACGGCCAGGAAUACAUUCUGAGGAAGGGAGAUCGACUCUGUAUUUUCCCUUUUCUCAGUCCACAGAUGGACCCCCAGAUCCACCAUGAGCCAGAGAAGUUCAAGUUUGACCGCUUCCUAAAUUCUGACAUGACUGAAAAGAGUACAUUCUUUAAAGAAGGCUUAAGGAUGAUGUAUGGCACCAUGCCAUGGGGAGCAGGGAGCAACUUGUGUCCAGGACGUCAUUUUGCUGUUAACUCUCUAAAACAAUUUGUGUUCAUGAUUUUGACAAAGUUUGACCUGGAGCUGUGUGACCUUGAUGCAAUCAUGCCAGAGAUAGACCCCAGCCGCUAUGGAUUUGGAAUUCUCCAGCCGAAUGGAGAUUUGAAAAUCCGCUACAGACUCAAGAAAUAAACUGUGAUUUCAAGUUUCAAGUUUAAAUGUACAUAAAUUUGCUUUAUCUUGUAGUCGUAUUUGGUACGAUUUUGUUGAACCUUUAAUUUAAUAAAAACAAUUUACUUUACUUAA